UAGAGGCUAGUCACCAAAAGGGAUGAGGAAUUGAAGACAUUCGGUAUUUUGGGACGAACUUCAGAGUUAUGGAAAUAACAAAUACUACCUUGACUACUGCAAUUUUUCCUGACUUUCAUUCCUUUUCGAAUAUUAUGGACGGACUAACAAAAGCAGAGAACAUAACCUGGCCUACUGUGAACACUACCACAAACCAAGAAGCAACGGUUCCGAUUACAUCCGUGUUAUCAUUCACACUUGGAGUACUUGGAAACAUGCUGGCAAUUAUAGUUCUUGUCCGUUUCAAGAAAAAGCAUAAAUGGGGCAUAUUUUCUAGAUUUGUAAUAGCUUUAGCUUUGACCGACCUGUUCGGGAUUAUAACAACUUCACCAGUCGUUUUUGCAGUUUUUGCCAGAAAAGUUAACUUGUCAGAAAAUGUAUUGCUAUGUCAUUACAUGGCAGUAAUGAUGAUAUUUGCAGGAUUAGCGACCGUGCUUUUGGUCAGUGCGAUGGCUGUGGAUAGGGCUUUAGCUAUUCUUCUUCCAUUGACAUAUUAUGCGAUUGGUACACGAACUUUAGCGAACAGUUUGAUAAUUGGAGUAUGGGUUUUUUCUUUAUUAUUUGCUAUUCUGCCCAUAAUCGGUUUGGGUGAAAAUGUAGCACACUACCCUUUUUCAUGGUGCUUUUUUAAUUACUUUGGCGACAAAACUGAGGAUAAAAUAUAUGGAUUCAUUUAUUCCCUCCUUGGGUUAGGGAGUAUUUGUUUAACGAUAAUAUUGAACCUGCGUGUGAUUGCAAGGCUUAUUUCCGAAAGUAAGAGUGAUGUCAGACGUGAAAGUAUAUCGAACAGAACAAACAGGAAAGCAAGAUCAAAGAAAGACAUUUCUAUUGCAAUAUUUCUCAUUAUGAUAGUUAUUGUGUUUACCGUCUGCUGGGCGCCAUUUAUGACCAGGAUAAUCAUCAACCAAAGCCAUAGUUUCCCAAGAAAUGAAAAAGCUGACAUUCUAUCACUUGUUCUUGCCAGCUGGAAUCAAGUUCUUGACCCAUGGGUGUAUCUUUUGUUAAGAGGAAACACGCUGACUCGUUUAAUAUAUUACAUUAAAAAAUCCAGUAUCAUCUGUAAGACGUUUGGAAGAUUUAAUUGUUCCUCUAGAGAGGUUGAUACACAUGAUGCAACAGCACUGCAGUUAGGUGCUAUUCCUUUGACGCCGAUGGUAACCGAAUGUAAACAGAGACAUGAAUAUAAUGAGUAUAGUGAAAAUUGCCGCAGUGGCAGAAAAACUUACUAAUACUAUAUACAUAUAGGGUCAUCGAAAUGUCAAUAAAUAUAUUGAGGAUAA